AUGUCUGAAAAGAUCGAAGAACCCCAACAGAAGGGUGACCUCCAGGUCGAGGAAGCCGAGCACCACGAGCACGCCGACGAGAUCUCCCCCGAGCUCGAGGCUCUCCUCAAGACCGACCCUAAGCACGGUCUUACCACCGCUGAGGCUGCUGAGCGUCUCGCCCGCUUCGGCCCCAAUGAGCUUGCUGAGGUCAAGCGCAACCCUUUUCUCAAGUUCUUGGGCUACUUCACCGGAGCCAUCGCUUACCUGAUCGAGGUCGCCUGUAUUAUCUCUGCCGUCGUCGAGGAUUGGCUCGAUUUCGGUAUUAUUCUUGCCCUUUUGAUUGUCAACGCCUGUAUCGGUUUCAUUGAGGAGUCCAAGGCCGAGUCUGCCUUGGAUGCCCUUCGCCAGACCCUUGCCUUGAAGACCCGCUGCUGGAGAGACGGCCACUUGGUCGAGCUCGAUGUUGCCGUCUUGGUUCCCGGUGAUAUCAUUGUCCUCCGUCUCGGUGACAUUAUCCCCGCCGAUGGUCGUCUUCUCGGAAUUGGUGCCACCGGUGAGGCCACCGAGGGUGAUCUCUUGAUUGACCAGUCUGCCUUGACCGGAGAGUCCCUCCCCGUCGCCAAGAACAAGGGCAAGACCGUCUACUCGUCCUCGAUCGUCAAGCAGGGCCAGCAGAUGGCUGUCGUUACCAAGACCGGUGGUGACACCUUCAUCGGUCGCGCUGCCAACCUCAUCUCCAUCACUACCGAGGAGGGUCACUUCCAGAAGAUUAUCAACCGCAUCGGUAACUUCUUGAUCCUCAUUACCGUCGUCCUCGUCCUCAUCAUCAUGAUCUACCAGCUCGUUCACUUCAAGGAUGACCGCAGGGGCAAGUUCAUGGUCGUCCUCGGACAGGUUCUCGUUCUCACUGUCGCUGCCAUUCCCGUCGGUCUCCCCACCGUUAUGUCCGUCACCAUGGCCGUCGGUGCCAAGCAGCUCGCUGCCAAGAAGGUUAUCGUCAAGCGUUUGACAGCCGUCGAGGAGAUGGCCUCUGUCUCUGUUCUCUGCUCCGACAAGACCGGUACCUUGACCCUCAACGAGUUGACCUUCGAUGAGCCCUACCUCUCCAACAACUACACCUCCGAUGACAUCCUCUUGUACUCCUACCUCGCCGCCGAGGCUGGUGCCAACGAUCCCAUUGAGUUCGCCGUCCGUACCGCUGCCGAGGCUCAGCUUGCCAUUCUCCAGGGCCGCACCCACAAGCACGAGGUUCCCGGCUUCAAGGUUACUUCUUUCUUGCCCUUCAACCCCUCGACCAAGCUCACUCAGGCCACCAUCACCAACCUCACCACCAACUCUACCUUCAAGGUCGCCAAGGGUGCCCCCCAGGUCAUCAUCAAGCUCGUUGGUGGUGAUGAUGAUGCCGUCCGUGCUGUUAACUCUCUUGCCAAGCGUGGUCUCCGUGCCUUGGGUGUCGCCCGUACCGUUGAGGGUAACAUGGACCAGUGGGAACUCAUCGGUAUGAUCUCCUUGAUUGACCCCCCUCGCCCUGACUCUGCCGAGACCAUCCGUCGCUGUAACGAUAUGGGUGUUGCCGUCAAGAUGAUUACCGGAGACCAGCUUAUCAUUGCCAAGGAGGUUGCCCACCGUCUCGGUAUGCAGCGUGUCAUGUUGGAUGCUGGUCACUUGGUCGACCCUACCAAGUCCGAGGAGGAGGUUACCGAGCACGUCAUCCGUGCCGAUGGUUUCGCCCACGUUAUUCCCGAGCACAAGUACCGCGUCGUCGAGCUUCUCCAGAAGCGCGGCAUCCUCGUCGGUAUGACUGGUGAUGGUGUCAACGAUGCCCCCGCUCUCAAGAAGGCCAACGUCGGUAUUGCCGUCCACGGAUGCACUGAUGCUGCCCGCUCUGCUGCCGAUAUUGUCUUGCUCGCCCCCGGUUUGUCGACCAUUGUCGAUGGUUUGAUGACCUCCCGUGCCAUCUUCCAGCGUAUGCGUUCCUAUGCCCUCUACCGUAUCACCUCGACCGUCCACUUCUUGAUGUUCUUCUUCGUCGUUGUCAUGGCCUAUGACUGGUCCCUCCCCCCUCAUUUGCUCAUCUUGAUUUGCAUCUUGAACGAUCUCGCCACCUUGGUCAUUGCCGUCGAUAACGCCCAGAUCUCCCAGCACCCCGACAAGUGGAGAAUCGGUCAGUUGAUCACCAUGUCCAUCGUCCUCGGAGCCCUCCUCUGCGCCUUGUCCUUUGCCCAUUUCUUCAUCUUCUGGAAGGUCUACGGUUACGAGCCCUUGAACUCGCCCCACGGUAAAGAUGUCACUGAGGCAAUGAAGGUCCCCGCCGAGCUCCGCCAGCUCGAGUCGAUCAUGUACCUCCACAUCUCGUCCGCUCCUCACUUCGUCAUCUUCUCUACCCGUUUGACCGGCUACUUCUGGGAGAACCUUCCCUCGCCCAUCUUCGCCAUCGUCAUUAUCGGUACCCAGAUCAUUGCCUUGUUGAUGGUUAUCUUCGGUGGUCUCACCCCCAAGGUCCCCGCUGGCCAGGCCAUCGUCGUCUUGCUCAUCUCCUUCGUCUACUUCAUCAUGUUGGAUGUUGUCAAGGUCCAGAUCUUCAAGCACUGGUCGUUCAAGCUCACCGCCACCUUGGUCCCCACCGGUGUCCGCCGCACCAAGUUGGCCGAGCGCAACGCCGCUGAUAUCCAGCAGAAGCGUGUCUGGGAGUCCAUUAACGAGGUCCGCAAGGUCGCCGUCAUGACCGCUGUCGUCUCCUCUUUCGCGGAGAAGUCUGCUGUCGUUGAGGAGGAGACCAAGUAA